AUGGUUCAGGUUUCGUCCCUCACAGCCCAGCUGUUGGCCAUUGCAGCUUGUGCUUCGUUCCCGGGUGUUGCCGCUGACGAAGUGGCUGCAUCCUCCUCAGCCGUUGCCAGUCUUGCCGGUUCAGAGAAGAUCGCUUGCUCGCUUCUGAGCAAGAAGUACCCCGAUCUGACGUUCUUCGCUGGCUCCGAUGGCUACGCCUUUGAGACUCAGACGCAGUAUUGGUCGGCUACCGCCUACAAUACCCCAGCAUGCGUCUUUGUCCCCAAGAAUGCCCAACAGGUCUCCUUCGCCAUCACGACCUUGACUUUGAGUCUGACCAAGUUUGCGGUCCGCAGUGGCGGCCACAUGCCGGUGCUUGGCUACAACAACAUUGGCUCCUCUGGUGUUCUGCUUUCGACCUCGAACCUGAACACACUGUCUGUGUCAAAUGAUAAGGCUACUGUCUCGGUUGGCGCCGGUAACAGGUGGAGAGACGUGUACUCCUACCUCCAGACCUACAACCUCGCUGCAGUCGGUGGCCGUAUUGGCGGUGUCGGCGUCUCGGGUUUGUUGCUUGGAGGUGGUAUUUCAUUCCACUCAAACCAGUAUGGCUUUGCUGCCGACAACGUUGUACGUUACCAAGCUGUUCUUGCAAGCGGUCUUGUCGUUGAGGCCACUGCUACCAAUGCCUUCUCGGACCUGUACUGGGCACUCAAGGGUGGCGGCAACUCCUUUGCCAUCGUCACUCGCUUCGACCUCAAGACUGUCCCUUCAACCAAGGUCUGGGUUGGUAUUUCGCAGUACGCUCAAACCGACAGCGACAAGUAUCUCGACGCCGUGUACAACUUUGGCAAGUACGGUUCCGCUGAUGGAAAGGCGGCCAUCAUCCCAACCAUCCUGACGUACCCAUCGUACAACCUUACCGCCUACGCUGCGGCUAGAUUCUACGACUCCGAGACCGCGCCCGCCACGGCAUUCGAGAACUUUACAGCACCCGCUCUUACACCUGUUGCCGACACGUCCGCUCUGCAACCCCUAGCUGAGUAUGUGAGCGCCGUUGAUGCUCUCCAGCCCACUGGUCUUCGUCAAGACUUCCGUGUCUUGUCGUUGGUAGUCAACCGCGAAGCCGUCGACCUCGUCCAUAACACCUUCAUCGCGGCCGCCAACUCCAAGCUUGCCAGCAUUGUUGGAUUGUCGGCUUCCAUCACCUUCCAACCCAUCACCAAAGAAUUCAUCCAGCAAGGCAUCCGCAGGGGCGGACCCAACCCCCAGGGUGUUGACCCUGCCAAGGCGCCUUACUUCUGGGUCGUUGAGAACCUGUCGUGGCAAGACGCCAAGGACGACGAGGCGGCUCGUAGUUUCGCUGAAAGCAUCACGGCUGAAAUUGAGGCUUCUUUGGAAGCCAAGGGCGUUGCUGGUGGCUACCUGUACUUGAACGAUGCGGGUAAGGGCCAGCGCGUCUUCCAGAGCUACCCUGCGGCGAACCUCGCGAGGCUCAAGGCCAUUCGAUUCAAGUAUGAUCCUUUGAGAAUCUAUACCAACCUCUUGACCGGAGGCUGGAAGGUUCUCGACGCUUGA